AUGUCUACCCUCUACACGACCACUUACCCCAACACCCAACUCGCUCAAGUACAGCCAGCCCAGCGUCCCGCCUACGCCUUCCUCGCAUACCCGCCCCCGCAGAAGAAGCGUCCCACUCAGCCUCUGCCUUCGCCCCCGGCCCCCAAGCGCGUGCCCUGCUCUCAGCCUUACCCCCGUCGUCGCUCCGCGUCCUCUUCCGCCAUCUCCACCUGGUCCCCGCCGCUCCUCGUACGGCUCCAGCCUUUCCCGCCGCCCGUCCGUGUCCAGCACCCCGCGCUCGGCCACCUUCCUCGCCCUGAGCGCGGCCGGCUCGCCCACGCGCCAGGUGAUCACCCCCAACACCGCGUCGGACUUCAAGCCGGACCUCACGCCUGCGGCUAUACCUCCGUCUUCGUCCACUGCCCGGACACCCCGCUCUCCGCGACCAUCCCGCUCGCGUUCGCCCCGGGCAAGCAGCCCGCCCGCGGCCUCAAGCACUUCCGCUCCCUCACUGCCUUGAAGACCGCCCGCCGCGCCCGCUCCAAGUCCGGCACUAUGCAGCGCCCGCCGUCUUCCCCGCUCAAGUCCCCCACGCACCACGCCAGCAGGGCCGCCAGCCGCGCACAGGCGCGCGAAGCCGUGAGCGCGUCGAAGAAGUCGAAGUACGCCAAGUUCCGCCCGCCGCCGCUCGCGACGGAGCUCGCGCUCGCGCAGCUCGCCGACGGCGGUCCAUCGAGGAUCACAUCCGGCGCUUCGCCGAGGCGCAGGCCAAGGCGGCGGCGCACACGCGGGCCGGACGGCCGCCUCGUCGGCGUCGCGGACGUCUACCGCGACGGCGCGGGCGGCGUGUGGCGCGACCAGGACGAGGAGUGGGAGUACGCGCACCUCCUCGGCGGCGACGAGGAGUGGUGCGAGUCUGAGGCGUCGUGGCACUCCGCCGCAAGCGCGGACUCGGACGACCGCCGUGGAUCCGUGUCCAGCGCGGACUCGGACCUCGAUCCGCGCUACGCGAUGCAGGCGGAAGACGAAGGCCGGGACGACCUCGCCGCGUUCGGGAGCGCGCUCGCGCCCGCGUGCGCGCGCCGCCCGGGCAUGUCCGUGCUCGCGAUCCCCGCGCGCACGCGCCGCACCGCCCCGCACCUCCGCAAGCCCGAGUUCCUCCUCGACGCGUUCCCCGUCCCCCCCGCGUUCAAGUGCCCGACGAACCCGCUCGACCCGCUUAAGGGCGCCGGAGCCGAUGGCGGUCGUUCCCCGUCGCCACGCGAGGCUAGCUCGAAGAAAACGUCUGGCAAGAUUGGCAUGCGCGGGCUCUUCCGCGCCAUGGGUGGCAAGAAAGGCGACCUCUGA